AUGGCCGGAGCUUGCUGCAAGUGUCCGGUCUCGCUGUCCUUCUUCAAGCGCUCUCUCUCGGUUGCACCACGGGGCUGCGGGUCCGCUCCUCGGCCCCUCCUGCUGGGCUGGAGGCUAGGUGAGCGGGGCCUGCAGGAGGCCGCCCGACCCUCCAGCGCCCUCCGACCCGCAGGCUUUUACCGACGCACGGGCUUCCUCUGUCUCUCCUACCAGGAGUCCAUGAGUGAGAGUCUGCGGACCUGCUAUCUGUACCUGAACCAAACCAGCCGGAGUUUUGCAGCUGUGAUCCAAGCGCUGGACGGGGAGUUGAGACAUGCAGUCUGUAUUUUUUACCUGGUGCUGCGAGCGCUGGACACAGUGGAGGACGACAUGACCAUCCCUUUGAACAAGAAGGUUCCCAUGCUGAAUGAUUUUCACACCUACCUGUACCAGGAUGAGUGGCGCUUCACCGAGAGCCAGGAGAAAGACCGACAGGUUCUGGCUGAUUUCCCCACGAUAUCACUGGAAUUCAGAAACCUGGCUCAGGAAUACAGAGACGUCAUCUCGGAUAUCUGCCACAAAAUGGGAGUGGGAAUGGCCGAAUUCCUGGAAAAGAAAGUGGGAUCCAUGAAGGAGUGGGACCAGUAUUGCCAUUAUGUGGCCGGGCUGGUCGGUAUCGGUCUGUCUCAGCUGUUCUCUGCGUCCCAGCUGGAGGACCCAGAGGUGGGGCACGACACCCAGCUGGCCAACUCCAUGGGCCUGUUCCUCCAGAAGACUAACAUCAUCCGGGACUAUCUAGAGGACACAAAGGAGGGACGGGCCUUCUGGCCACAAGAGGCUUGGAGUCAGUUUGCAGGCCGUCUGGAGGACUUGGCCCAGCCGGAGAAGCUGGAGUCGGCUCUCUCCUGUCUCAACCUGCUGGUCACCGAUGCUCUGCGACACGUUCCGGAUGUCAUCGCCUACCUGUCCCGCCUGCGCAACCAGAGCGUCUUCAAUUUCUGCGCCAUUCCACAGGUGAUGGCAAUAGCUACACUGUCGUCAUGCUACAACAACCCCAUGGUUUUCCAGGGAGUGGUGAAGAUCCGGAAGGGACAGGCGGUCACACUCAUGAUGGAAGCCACCAACAUGAGCGCCGUGCAGACCAUCAUCUCCCAGUACAGCCAGGAGAUUGUACAGAAGGUCUCCCACACGGACCCGUCGCGGGACAAAACCCUGCACAUCCUGGCUCUAAUCAAAGAGAAGUCCGCCCUGUCACAGUCCAGCCUCCCCUCCAAGACCCACCACCUGUCGCCCAUGUACCUGUCUGCCGCCAUGCUGCUCGCCGCUCUCAGCUGGCAGUACCUCAGCACCACUGCAGCACAGGCACAGGGCACGGGUGACAUGCAGGGACAGUGAACCCAUUUGCGCUCACCUUUUCCUGGGGCCCACAGACUCAGAAAGCCCCUUUGCCCACUCUGGAGGUCCGGUUCGCCUCUGAUGGGAGGAAUCUGAAGGACGUCUUCUCACUUUGUCUCUCUUCAUUACGGCUGUCACAGGACCACGGGCGUGUUCAGCAGGGCUUCACAAUAUGAGGAAAAUAUGUGAUAAUGUUGUAUAUCGCAAAGAAGAUAUUACUUGCGAUAAAUAAAGUGAUAUAGUUACUCAGUUCUGCCACUCUGCUGCUUUCAGAAUACUGAGGACACAACAGAUUUCUUGUUGAAAUAUAAAAACGAAAGGAAAUUAUUUCCAACAUUUUUCACCAAACAGAUGGAACACUGAACUGUGGAGUUUUCUGCCGAUGCUCUCCUUCAACUAGCUCAAAAAGAUCCCCGGGUGCAAUAUCAUGUUCUCUCGAGAUACAAUAUUGUUUAGCCCUAAUAUGGAGGAGUUCACGUUGAUGUGUGUUUAUAUUCACCAGCAUAAAUAGCACAUAGAAACAAUUCAGGGCGUUUUGCUGUUUGCUGUUUAUGUUGAUUGUGCGUUGUUUAACAUUUGACCCUUUUUAAUUGAGUGAAAUUAUUCGUCAUAUUUGGCCAUUGGACAAAUAGUACUUUUCUCCAUUACGUGGUGAAAGGCACAGUACAAGACACUGCCCAUUUUAGGAGUGUGGGGAACACAGUCUACAAACCGUGGUCAAAUCAAGGUUUUGUUUAAUUUUGUGUCAAAUUUUAGUCUUCAUUUUUUUUUUUCAUAUCAAAACAAAGCUACUUAAAUAAAUUCCACCUGUUUCUACAGGAGGAUCACUCAAAUGAAAGAACAGCGCCCUUUACAGCGCUGCAUGUUAGCAUUGAUUGGACAGCGUCCACUCACGGUAGAGCUUCAUAAUUCAUCUUUAAUGUCCGUGUUCUUUCUGUUUCCUUUUGAAAUAGGAGAAAAGAACAAUGCUAUUCCAUAGUUUUGACAUGUACUGUUUGAAUGAGAACAAAUAUGAGUUCUGGUGCAUUUGAUGUCUGAAAUAAAUGCAUACUGAGAUGGCUAGUUAAAGUGUCCUUAACACAGCUUUGGUGAGUAGAAAGGCUAGCACACAGUAACCUUGUACAGAACCAAAGGAGAGCUACAAACAUUGCUAUGUAAUGUGUAAUUUUGAUUUGUACAUAUUUUAACACAAUAAAGAAGUGAAAGAAUCGAAA